AGACCCCUCAUAUGUAACGGCUUUAUUUCCAGUGUGGCCGGAACUGCUGCCGAAUUUGUAAGCGCCACUCAAUCAUACUGCGAGAACGAGAUGACGGCAAUGCGGGGUUCUGGUUCGUUCAUCCCCUGCCUGACGAACCCCACCUGGACGCCAACGAUCCUCGGACGGACGUCGGACUUGUUGCUGUUCCCCCCGUGGCUCCCCGCUUCUUCAGGUUCAAGUAUAACGUAGCCGAUUUUUCUCCCAAGAUCUUCUUUGCUGCUUCUUCUGCUUCAGUAAACACACAACCUUCCAGAUACCCAAACAAACCGCUUCUACCCAAGCACUUUCAAAUCCGUCAAAAUGGUCAAGGCUGUCGCUGUCGUCCGUGGUGACUCUAACGUCAAGGGCACCGUGAUCUUCGAGCAGGAGUCCGAGUCCGCUCCCACUACCAUCACCUACGACAUCUCUGGCAACGACCCCAACGCCAAGCGCGGCUUCCACAUCCACACCUUCGGUGACAACACCAACGGCUGCACCUCUGCCGGCCCUCACUUCAACCCCCACGGCACCACCCACGGUGACCGCACCGCUGAGGUCCGCCACGUCGGUGAUCUCGGCAACAUCGAGACCGAUGCCCAGGGCAACGCCAAGGGCACCGUGACUGACAACCUCGUCAAGCUCAUCGGCCCCGAGAGCGUCAUUGGCCGCACUGUUGUCGUCCACGCCGGCACUGACGACCUUGGCAAGGGUGGCAACGAGGAGUCCCUCAAGACUGGUAACGCCGGUCCCCGCCCUGCCUGCGGCGUCAUUGGUAUCUCCCAGUAAACGUCUCGACUGGUCGGAUGAUUUGCGUUGUUAGACUACUGUUUCAAUGUGACCAGAAAUAGUCUGUUGUCAAGCAGCGUAAAUAAAACUGUAAAAGUCAAAAAAACAAGCCAGCCAAUUUUGGAAGUUAAUGUGAUUGUGAUCCAACUCAGUGUUUGAUAUGCAGAGACCGAUCGCUAUACUGCCAUUGGCACCAAAAUAUUCAUACUGCUUACCUGGUCGCAAUUGACAACUACCUAUAUAGCUUCAAAGUAUCUUGGUCAUAUGAAAGCUGAGAACAUUGUCUGUCAUCGUCGAUGAAUCCUGCAUAUGUAGCUCUUCC